AUGUUGGAAAGUUGUGAAUGCUCAAAAGCUUAUAAUCUCACUGAACUCUAUUUUUGUAAUGGUUGUCAGAACUUAAAUUGUAGAUAUUGUAUUCAUGAGGAGAUAGAUUGUUAUUUUUGUCCAAAUUGUUUAGAUCAUGUUUCUGUUGCUGAAGCAAGUUUAUAUGGUAAUAGAUGUAAGAAAUGUUAUGAUUGUCCAAUUUGUUUUGGAACUUUAAAUUAUCAACAACAACAACAACAGCAACAAGGAACUACAACAACUACAACAACAGGUACAGAAGUAUUCUUUUUAAAUUGUGCUUUCUGUAAGUGGAAUUCAUUGGAUUCCGAAGCAAAGGUUGAUAUACAAAUCGGUAGAGUAACAAGAGAGGUAACACCUCAACAGACCGAGGUGACAAGAGUACUCGAUGCACUACAGAAAGAGAUGGCAGAGAUGUCCACUCCAUCGAAAGACAAUGGUGCUAGAUCUGUCAAUCGAUUAAAGAUGGCUAUGAAGCAGUUCUUCAAUCCACAAUUGUCUGCUUCGUCGUCGUCUUCGUCUUCCAGUCAACAGAGUGGAAGUGGUUCAAGUGGUAGUGGAUCAGCAGCAAACAGUGCAUCUCACGAUGAGCGUUGGAGUAUGAACAAAUCGGUCGCACAACCACAACCAAGCAACCCUCUAAUGCCACCCGGUAAUCAGCUACUUGGAAAGGUCGCCAUCAAGAAGCGUGUCAAUCCUAUCACCUCCACCGACACUGACAAUAUGAUACAACAACGUAUCGAUGCUCGUUCAUUCAAAACAACCGAACAACAACAACAACAACAAGAAGAUAGUGUCAAUAACGAUGACGAGAUAUCAGAGUCGUUGCUAAAUAUGAGUGACAGCUCGAUUGCCAGUGGUAUCAACCAGCGACUUGCAUCGAUCAAUACACAGUCACCGCUACUCUCAAAGUUGACACCUCAACACCGACAACUUAUGACGAGACGUUCCAAGCGUUGCAAACGUUGCGACAAACUCUUGGUGAAGCCAGAUAUCAACCCGUCAAAGACCGAGUUCAAACGUCAGCACUUUGCAUUCACCUAUGUACCGCGUAUCACUAUAACCAAGGCAGUCUGGCUAGCCAAAGAUCUCUUUGAUCUGUACAUCACAUUCACCAAUCCACUGCACUCGUUCCUCUUUAUGUCGUUCCCACAAGAGUUUGACAGCAGUGUCAUCUCGGUCGAUGACAACUCGCGCGUUGCCAACGUCAUCAAGGAGACCUACAUCGUUGGUCUACUCGACGAGACAGACGAUCAAGUCAACGAAGCAUUGAAACACCUCAAAGAACAAGAAAAGUUCAUUGUAGAGCGUAAAGACAACAAACUGACACUCAAAGUAAUGGUAAAAGUCACUGGUGGUAGUGCAAUCACCGAAGACUCAACUUCAACUGCAGUCGUCCAACAAAAUUCAAAUGAAAGAUUUGAAUCUUCAUUUGAUAAUCUAAAGUUUACAUUAUUCUUUGAAUUUAGUACAAAUAGUUCUUUAAUCUUGAAUCUUGGUGGUGGUGACAAUGCAACACCCACUCCGGUAGCAACACCGACAACACCAUCCUCUGUAUCAGUAGUUCCAAAAUCGACACCAAUGAAAAUAUUAUUUAACAUUCCUGCAUCACUCUUUGAAAAUACUAGUAUCCUUAAAUAA